CAUACACUUCGGGCUUCCGGUUAGAGUCGAAGCAUCCCGAAGCACGAGAGCGAAGUAAACCAGCGACAAAGGCUUAAAUAUUUGUGCCAAAUUUUCGGCUUUCCCGACAAAUUUUAACCUGUUGUCACUUGUUCCUAUGAUUUUGCUUCAAUUCAUUCAUUUGUGAUAAUAAAUUCUCAAAAAGAUGCCACCAAAUCAUGAUUCUCGUUCACCAAUAAAUUCGACCGGAGACACAAAAGGAGUAAUUUCAGAGCCGACGCAACACGCAGAAGAAACAACGACGACAACUACCCAUUUCAUCUCGAAUCAUCAUCCACCGCCAGGCCAGCAAAGAGCUCACGAAAGAACCUUCGCCAUUGUGCAGUACGUUUUGUUUUCUCUCCUUGGCAGAAAAGUGGAUCAAAUCCCAUCGGCAGAAGCGAAGAAAGUUAGCGAGUUGACAAAAGAGAUCCUCGAGAAACACGAUGUUUACAACGAAUUGUGUUCAAAUUUGGGUUUCUCUCCCGAAAACCUGCAAGAGCAUUUUGAAGGAGUCGCAGUGAAUAUUUUCGAAGAUGGUACUAUCAACUGGGGAAGAAUUGUCGCUUUGCUUGGCUUCAGUGUAAAAGUGGCCGAGCAUUUUCGCUCACAAGGUUUUGGAAACGAAUAUGACCGCUUCAUUGUUGAAUUGACAACGAAUUUUAUUGUGAUUAAAACUAACUCGUGGAUUCAAUUCAAAGGUGGCUGGGGAAACGUCAUAACACACUUCGAUACAUCAAGAAAGGUCGUUCCAUACUCUCCCCACCAUGCGACAUGGUUCAGAGGUGUCUUAAUGACUGCUACGGCGACCAUUGGACUCGGGGCUUUACUGGCCGUUUGCAAGUAACCCAGGCCCGCGCUGGCACUGAUCUCACAAAUUUGACUGGAUUGCCUUUACUAAAAGAUAUAGCUGGAUUAGCCAAGGUAGACAAAUGGACCUUCUCAGACGAAAAAAUAAUGUUAUAUGACUUAUAUCCGAUCAUAAAUAAUAAAACUGGAUGUAAUCUAAUAUCUCAUUUAUUUUAUCUCCCACUGAAAAUCUUUCAAGAUGGAAAAGUCCUCUCAAUCAUUUCCUAUAUCCAAAUCUAUCUCGAAACAAAAUUCCUCUUGUCUCGGGGCGCUUAUACCUCACAUAUCAGCGCUCCGAGUAACUUGAAACCUUUAACGCAAUCCAGUCCAAUUUGCGAGGUCAGUGUAGUAAGAUAUAUUUGACUGAAGUUCUGUUUUCUCGAGUCCUAGUUCCUAUUUUUCAGAAAAACAGGAAGUGGGCAUAGUUUUGGGGAACAAGAGUUUUUGUCAAAUAUGUCUACGAUUGCUUGCUCUGUUUUCUUGAGUCAUGUUAAGAUAUUGAGUUUGUAAUAUGAACUUCCUUUCAAAGUCCUUUCAAAGACUUGCCAGUGCUGUCAAACAUAACUAAAAUUAAAAACCUUUUCAUUCAAAUUACCAUUUAAACCAUUAAGUAUAGUUCACGAGUAUAGUUCACGAGGUCAUGCAUAUCAUAAUAUUUUAUACUUUUUAAAGGGUUUAAAAUUCGCAUUUCAUUAAAAAUCCCAUUACCGGACUUUCUUUCAAAGAUCUUUCUCCAAGUUUGCAGGAGCAUGUGAGCAAUUAUAUCUUCUCAAAGAGCAAUUCAUUUCUGGAAAUUACAUUCUGAACUGUUCUCAGUCUUUUUCAAUACCGUAAAUCAUAACUCAUGUUUAUUAACCGUCGAGAAAGCAUCAAUUUAGUCUCAUAUGUAUUAAAUAGACGAGCAAUCUCGUGUAAAAAUAUUUUAGCACUUUCUCACAUCACAUUCAUGAUAUUAUAUAAAAAAUAAAUACUUGUUUAUUUA